AUGAGGUGGGGGCUCCGCUUACACAUCCCCAGGGCCCUGCACCCAGGAGAUAGGAAACCCGGCUCUUCUUUUCAUCACCCGGGGCUGCAGAGCGCGGAGAGCCGCAGGGGGGCGCCCCGUGACCGCCCCGGCCCGCGGCCCAAACUUUCCGCCGGUCCCCCGGGAGGGCCUGGCCAGCGACCCGAGGCUCUUCGCCGCGGUCCCCCGCGCCCGGCCACCGCCGCCGCCGCGGGCAUCAGCGCCCGGCCGGGCCCCCAGGAAGCGACCCACAGAGGCAACGCCAUGGGGCUUAAGCUGUCCUGCCUGAGAGGCUUUAAGAUGUGCGUCAGCAGCAGCAGCAGCAGCCACGACGAGGCCCCCGUGCUCAGCGGCAAGCACCUGGACGUGCCCAACAUCAUCAUCACGCCCCCAACUCCAACGGGCAUGGUGCUGCCCAGGGACUCCAGGCGGACAGUCUGGCUAGAUGACACGGGGUCCUGCCCGGAUGAUGGAGAGAUGGACCCGGAAGCUUGAGGAGUCAUCCCUGGACAGCGGGACCUGUGUGGUGGCUCUCUGCCCGUGUUGAGGGCAUGGCUGCCUAAACAGCUACAUGGGGACAGCACAUCUGGCCGUGGACCAACAGCGGGCUGGCAGGAGCGCGUCAUGUCCCAGGCUCCGACACGUCCUGGUGCAGAGCAGAUAUCGGUCAUCUCCGUGUUCUCACUGACCCUGCCUGGCAUGGUGACGAGGGGCCACCUGCCGUGCGGCCACAGUGACCUCCCUGGGGUUCCAGGAAGAUGCAUCCUUCAGACAAACUCAUGCUCCUAGGACUCUGGCCCCCAGGGUCACGGCACACGAGAACUGGCCAGAGCAGGGCCUCCGUUUUUUUACGAGUUGUUAUACCGACACGGACACUGCGUCCCAGGAGUGAUUUAUACUUUCUUUUUUGCAAUAUAAAUAAAGAUCCUCUGUGAGAA